AUGAUUGCUUCCCUCGGAAAACCGGGGGAAGAGAUUCCGUAUGAAAAUCGCAAGAAUUUGGCUCCUGGUUUGAAAGGUUAUUAUGUUCAUAGACUUUUAGUAAAUGCUGUAGCAAUGUGGGCUUCACCUCGUUAUGCUUGUUAUAUUUUCAUGAUGUUAGAUGAACUAUAUAAAGCAGAACGUGGAGAGAUGGAAAAGAAACUUCAUGCAAAAGAUGAAGUCAUUGAAUCCAAAGACAAAAGCAUUCAGAAAAGAAUACCGCGUUCAGUACCAAAAGGAAAGGAAAAGAGUUAUAAGUAUAUGAUAUAUACUGAAGAGUUGGAGAAAGAAGAAGACAGUGACAUGGUUAUGUUGCAUUUAGUCAGAAGAAACAACAAAAGCUUUUACGACCUUGCUAAGAUUUACAAAUCUGACAGAAAUUGGUUCUAUCGCGAAAACUUACCGAUUUCAAUGACACCGAAUGAACAAAUAAAGGAAAUUGUCAAAAAUACUCUUCCUCAAACACACUAUGACAUCAAAGGUUGCACAAUACUUACAUUCAAAGAAGACUUAACAUUACUGAAGGAAAAAAUAACAGAAUAUUUCGAUAACUUCAAAGAGGAAGAAUAA